CCCAUCUUUCACCAAUAGCAUUUGCCUCUGGUUGGGCUCAUUCAUUCCAUGUGCUGCUGGAUCGAUUUCCAACCCUACAGCCUUUGGUAACCUCAGUAAUCAAUGAAACAACAUCAUCAAUAGCACAAGAGAACAGCAUUAGUCAUCACCUACAGCAGUCCCUGUGUCCAGGUCAGGCCCUAUCAGAUCUCCUCUGCAACACCAAAGGGCUUCAGCACAAUUUGACUGAAAAACAGACAAAACUCAAAGUUCAGGACAUGAUUGAAAGAUCUGCGACCAAGGAUGCAGCUCGUUUGAGAUCUCUUCAAGGGAGGGGAUCAGGAGCCUGGCUAGAUGUCAUUCCCAGCUCAAGAAAGCUUGCAAUUUCCCCUGGAUUGUUCCGCCUGGCAGCUUUAUUGAGGUUGGGUAUGCGUUUGCCAUUGCCUCUGUCAGCAACCUUAUGUGAUUGCGGCACAGCCUUAGAUCCUGAAGGAUAUCAUCUGAUUACUUGUAAGACAGGUGGGGGACCAGUUUGGUCUCAUAAUUCAAUAGUCUCUGCUUGGUCCGAGUGUUUGAAACGCGUGUCUCUUCCCCAUACCGUUGAGCCAAGAGACUGUUACAGCAGCUCUCAGUCCAGACCCGAUAUUGCUGUUUAUAAUGCAACCGACUUUAACGUUGAGCUCGACAUUUCCUUAGCCCACCCAUGGAGCACCGACAUAAUUUCAGUCGCAGCUACAACUGAUGGAUCUGCUGCUUCAAAAAGGGAGGGAAAGAAGAGAGAGAAGUACAGCAGAGAGACUCACACUAGUGGGGGUUCUCCAUGCCUAAUUCCACUGGUGUUUGAGCAUUAUGGCCGCUGGGGAAAUGCAGGAGAAAAGUUUCUCCAUCAAAUCUCUCUGCGAUCACGAGAUGAUGACGGCAAGCGGUGUAACAGUAUGGUUUUGGCGAAGAAGAUUGACAGAAUAGUGUGUAGAAAUGACUCCGUAGCUGGUUUUUACAGUUACCAGAGUGUACGUUAAGCUUUCAUUUCAUGACCCUUUGGGUCAUUUUUCUUGGACUCAUAGAUAGUGAUUUAGCGUUGACUGUAAUAGCGUUGAUGUUUACCAAUAGAUGUUU